UAAGCCGUCCACCCCUCUCCAGCUCUCGUCUCUCUCGUCCUCCCUCUUACCUGCCCUGCGUCGAAAAGAGGGGAUCUAGGGUUUUUUUUUUUCCGCAACCAGAUCCAAUAGCCCAAGACGUUGCUGGCCCGGAGAGCUGCUUGAUCCUGAUCCUGGCCCACAAUGAGAUUAGAGAAAUGUUGGUUCUGUUCGUCCACUAUUUAUCCUGGGCAUGGUAUUCAAUAUGUGCGCAAUGAUGCAAAGAUUUUUCGGUUUUGUAGAUCCAAAUGCCACAAAAAUUUCAAGAUGAAGAGGAAUCCCCGCAAAGUAAAAUGGACAAAAGCAUACAGGCGGUUACAUGCUAAAGAUAUGACACAAGAUUCGACAUUUGAGUUUGAAAGAAAGCGAAACAGGCCAGAGAGAUAUGACAGAAAUCUCGCAGAGAACACCCUGAAGGCAAUUAAGAAGAUUGACAAAGUCAGAGUGGACAGGGAGGCCAGACAUCAUGCAUUGAGGAUGAAGGGGAAGAAAGCCAAGGAGCAGAGGGAGGCAACAAAGGAGUUGGAGCAGAGCAUCCACAUGGUCAAGGCUCCUGCUGUGCUUCAACAAGAACCAUCACUCACCCUUCCAAAGAUCAAAGUCAAGGUUGCCCAUCAGCAGUCAGAGGAGAAUCACCCCAUGGAAGAGUGAUGCUAGUAGUGUUUGAUUUGUUUAUGCAGUUGGGUACCAUUCUCAGAAAUGUUUCUACUUCCAAAUUAAAAAAAAGUAAAAAAAAAGUAAAAGAGUAUUACAAAGUGUUUUUCUUUCUCUUGGAGGCCAGAUUCAUUGCUGUCUUUGACAGUGUACAAAGUAGACUAUUUGAUUUUUCAUAUCUAUGGUUAAUUGAUGAUUUUAGAUGUUUGUUUGUAAAGGAUCUAAGUAUGAGAUCAUCCAAAAGUACAAAUUAAGGAAACUUUUGUUUUUGUUCCAAGUUAGAAUUCA